AUGAACGUCUCUUCGAUCACAGCUUCAGCAUGUGCUGCGAAUGCUAUCACAUAUCCCGCGGUAUUCGGUGCUGAGAUCCUAAAUAUUUCUGCCAAUCUUGUUCUAAACUACUCCUCCGAAGUAUCAGACCAGUACUAUUUCAACAAUCCUUCCAUUAGUGUGAGAAACAUCGACUACUGCAACGUCACCGUCACAUACACGCAUCCUGGUCAGAACGACACAAUCAAUGUUGAGACAUGGCUCCCAAUGGAAAAUUGGAACGGACGGCUUCAGGCUACUGGAGGUGGCGGCUAUGUGGCUGGUCGGUUCUUUCUGUCAUAUACUGCUAUGGCUGGAGCUCUCGGCAAUGGCUAUGCUGCAACCACUACCGAUGGCGGUAUCGGAUUGAGCCUUGUUCCAGAUCCCUGGGCUCUGAAAAGUCCCGGAAAUGUAGAUUUGUACGCUCUCCAGGACUUGGCAUCCGUGUCUUUGAAGGAUCAGGCUAUCAUUGCAAAAGAACUCAUUAAAGAGUUCUACGGCCAGCCUGCGGAGUACUCAUAUUAUACAGGUUGUUCACAAGGUGGCCGCCAAGGAAUGAUGCUUGCCCAGCGCUACCCAGAAGCGUACGAUGGUAUUGCCGCGGCUGCCCCAGCGUUUAACUGGGCUCGUCUCUUUCCUGCUCUUGCGUGGCCACAGGUCAUGAUGGAGCUGACCGGGCAGUUUCCCACGAAAUGCGAACUGGACGCGGUUACAGCUGGUGCUAUUGCAACUUGCGAUCCACAGGAUGGCGUCACCGACGGCAUCAUUAAUAACCCUUCUGCCUGCUCCUUCGAUCCCUUCUCCAUUGUUGGUAAAAUUGUUGACUGCGGUAACGAAACUACCACGAUCAGCAACGCAGCUGCCACUAUCGCCAACCUUACCUGGACAGGGCCUCGAAAAGCCAGUGGAGAUUUCCUCUAUUACGGUCUUGAUUACCAAUCUCGACUUACUGGCUCUGGAGAUCAGAGCACCACUGCAGCUCUGGGCUUAGCGAUGACGACUUGCAGUUCGAAUGGAACUUGUAAAGGAUCGCCCGCGGGACUCGGAGAAGCCUGGUUGAAAUUCAUGGUCAAGAAGGAUCCUAAUUGGGAGCUUUCUAACAUUACCUCGGUUGAAGAAUAUGCGCGCCUAUUUCAGGCUUCUGCUCAGGAGUUUGACUCAAUCUUUGGGACAUUUGAUACUGACCUCUCUGGAUUUCGCGAUGCGGGCGGUAAGAUGAUUACUUAUCAUGGCACGGCCGACGGUCUUAUUUUUAGACAAGGAACCAACGAAUACUAUGAUCAUGCCACAGAGCAGACGCCGAAUAUCAAAGACUUCUUCCGCUAUUUCGAAGUCCCAGGAUUAGCGCACUGUGCUGGUGGAGUUGGAGGACAGCCAACAGCAACGUUCCAAGCCCUGGUCGACUGGGUGGAGAAUGGUGUCGUUCCGGACACACUGCCGAUCAACUUUAGGGACACAAAUGGUACACAUUAUGAGAGGAUUUUGUGCCCUUACCCAGAGAGGGCGCAGCUUGUGUCUGCUAAUUUGGAUGUGACAAAGGCGGAGUCUUAUGAAUGUAGA